AAGAGGCUGGAAGGCAGGCCCGCGGUUGCGAGGCUGGCUUGAGGGCCAUGCCUUUCUCGCUGUGCUCCCCUCUGUUCUUGGACGUGGUCGUGGGCGUGGUGGGCACCCUGUCUUUCUUCCUGGACUUGGCCGCCGAUCUGUGGGCCGUCGUCCAGUACGUGCUCGGUGGCCGUUACCUGUGGGCCGGGCUGGUGGUGGUUCUGCUGGGCCUCGCCUCGGUGCUGUUGCAGCUCUUCAGCUGGGUCUGGCUGACCACCGACCCCACCGAGCUGCACAAGUCGCUGCCCUCGCGUCGUUUCCUGACGCUGCUGCAUGUGCUGCAGCUCGGCUAUCUGUACAGGUGCCUGCACGGGCUGCAGCAGGGGCUGUCCUUGUUGCAGCAGGAGGGGCCCACUGAGAGUGAUAUAGCCUACACAGACUUCCUGUCUCUGGAUAUCAGCAUGCUGCGGCUCUUUGAGAGUUUCUUGGAGGCGACACCACAGCUCACAUUGGUGCUGGCUAUCGUGCUGAAGAGUGGCCAUGCGGAAUACUACCAGUGGUUUGGCAUCGGCUCCUCCUUCCUGGGCAUCUCGUGGGCACUCGUGGAUUACCACCGGUCCCUGCGCACUUGCCUUCCCUUUAAGUCUCGCCUGGGCUGGAGCUCCUCUGCCAUCUACUUCCUGUGGAACCUGCUGCUGCUGUGUCCCCGAAUCUUCGCUGUCGCCCUGUUCUCAGCUCUCUUCCCCCAGUAUCUGGCCCUGCAUUUCUUCAGUCUGUGGCUGGUGCUGUUGUUCUGGGUCUGGCUUCAAGGCACACAAUUUAUGCCAAACCCCAACUUUGAGUGGCUGUACCGGGUGACGGUGGCAAUCAUCCUUUAUUUCUCCUGGUUCAACGUGGCUGGGGGCCGCACCCGAGGCCGUUCAGUCAUCCACUUGGUCUUCAUCCUCAGUGACAGUAUUCUGCUUGUCAGCACCUGGGUGACACACAGCACCCGGCUGCCCAGCGGGACCUUCUUGCCAGUGUGUUUGAUUAUAGGAGGAGCCUGCUUCCUCCUGGGGCUGGUUUUGCGUCUGAUCUACUACCUCUGGCUGCACCCUAGCUGCAACUGGGAGCCCGACUUCGUGGAUGGGGCCCGAAGUCUCCUCCCUAGGAAGCAGCCUAAGCUGCUUUAUAACAGGCGCGCCACUCAGUUGGCACAGAACUUCUUUACCAAAAUCAAAGAGGAGACUUCUCUGACAGAGGUUGAAGCCCUUUGAGGUUGGGUCUGACUCAGCCAGUGAGGAAGACGGAGAGCUGGGCCUUGGAAGGGCCAAAGCCCAAUCAUAUACAAGCUGUUUUCCUUACCGACCAAGAGCUGCUGUCACCAAAGCCUCACGUUGCCAUUCUUACCUCUCAGGUAACUGGUGGAGGUAUCCUGUCUCCUGGGUUCCCUGGCCUGCUCUAGGAGGUCCUGGGGUUCUGGGGAUGUUCUCAAGAAGGCUUCCUACCCCCAUCCCAUCCAUUCACAUCAAUCAACAAAUGUUGAGAGCACUUUAUAUUCUGGGAACAUCAUUCUGACUGUUGAACUGGCUGCCGCCCUACCUUCUUUUCCUACCCACUUGAACAAAUCUGAUUUCAAAGACCAGAGGCCAGUGACGACCCUGCCAGCCCCUCCAGUGUGCGAUGCAGCAGCCUCUACUCUGACUCUUGGGCCACCUUUAAAGCAAGUGCCUCAUGGACCUGUGGUCUAGGCCAUGCACGACCCGCUGAGUAUUUUACCUCCUACCUCAGUCUGUGAAAGGAAGAGAACAUGUGCGCAUGUGUUAAACAGUAUUAUUAAAACUGUGUAAUAUUUCCCAAACCAGUAUGCACCAUUAAAUACAGUCUGUCAGCCUUUCUAUUACGGGCAGGUAGCAGGGACCUGGAACCCUUUAAAACUGGUACAGACUCCUGGAAUAGAGAUAUGGGCUGACUUAGUUAUUACUUUAUAAUGAAUAUCUAAAUUGUUCUAGUAUAAUAAAAAUUCGGGAGGCAGAAAUUGAGAUAAAGACCUGAUAAACCCAAGGACAGUGGAGAGUCAACUGGCUGACCCUCUCUCCACGUUUUCCCCAAUUUGCCUCCCUGGAAAUCCUCUCCUCCUGUCUUCUCUAGCAGAUCUCUCCAGUCCUUCAAGAAUUCUAUGGCAAAUCCCAAUCAACCAAUCGCUGAUUCCAUUCUUUGAGGUGGCCUUAUUGGCACUGUGGAUGGGCCAUACCAACAAUUCUCCCGCAACAUUUCCCAUUUCAGUUGGUAGAGCAUGAGACUUUUAAUCCUGGGGUUGUGGGUUCGAGCCCCAUGUUGGAUGGCAAAUUGUAACUAGCCUUUCUCUGUUCCACCAGUUAACUCCCAAAUAAUGACAGAGACUUAUCAUGAAAGCUUGGGUUUGUCCCAUUAGCUCUUAUAACUUAACCUUGUGGCCUUUUUACCUUUCAUUCUAUAUGCCUGAUUCUCUCCAUGCAUCAGGUGCAUCUCCUGUUUCCUCUUUCUCUGCCUGGAAGUCCUGCCUAUACCUCCUAUCUAGCUACUGGCCAUUCAGCUCUCUAUUAAACCAAUCAAGCAAUGUAUCUUCAGUGUACAAAUAUCCCACAAUGUGACUGCAUUUUGCUUUCUAAGAUGCAGUAGCUGGUGAGCCCGAGUGGGCUGCUCAUCUGGCAGGUAGCAGAACUCACAUUUGGGCUGACAUUUGGUGCGUUCUCUUAGCAGCUCUGCUACUGAGCCUGAAGAGUAGCAUCUUUAGGACUAGGAGGUGAGUUUGAGGGGCUGGGUGGAAGGUGAAGUGACACAUAUUAGGAUGUGGAAGACAGUUCUGGGGAGAUGGAGCGUUCUGUUCUGGUUCCAGUGCCUGGAACCCGAGACAGUUCUACCAGCCACUUAUUGGUGUGGAGGUAAACUAGUGUGAUCAAAACUCACUCUGGGUAGUUCACAACGGCCUCUAACUCUGGCUCCAGGCGAUCCAACAUCCCCCUUUGGCCUUUGCACAUGCAUAUACAGGCAUACACUCAAAAAAUUUUAAAAAAUUGAAAAAAAGAAAGUACAAGUUAUUACACUGGUCUUGUUUUUAGUCAGUCUAUCCUACUGAGAUGAACUUGAACACAUCCUUCUCCUGCUUCAGCCUCCCAACUGCUGGGAUUACAAGUGUACACAACCACACACAAAGCUCUUUAUUCUGAAAGAAUUUAAAAUUGUAUCAGCAGCAUUACAUGUAAUUAGAAAAUGUCCUUGAGCCAGGUUGUGAUGCAUGUCUUUAAUCCCAGCACUCAGGAGGCAGAGGCAGGAGGACCUCUGUGAGUCUGAGGCCAGAUUGGUCUACAGAGGGAGUUCCUGGCCAUUUGAGACAAGGUUUCACAUGUAGGUUAGGCUAGCCCAAACUCUUAACAAUCUUGCCUCUGCUUCUGGGAAGUCUGUGGUCUGGUGAGACAGGGACUAGGACAAAGGUGCCAGAGGUGGAAGAGAAGGUUCUGGUUCUAGUGCUGGGACUCAGACAGUUCUGCCAGCCACUUACUGGCACGGAGGUAAAAUAGUGUGAUCUUGCCUCUGCUUCUGAGAAUUACAGACAAGAACACCAUACCUGACCAAUAACUUUUUUAAAAAAUAAUUUAUUUUUAUUUCAUGUGCAUGUAUGUCUGUGUGAGGGUUUCAAAUCCCCUGAAGCUGGAGUUACAGGCAAUUAGGAGCUGCUAUAUGGGUGCUGGAAACUGAAACUGGGUCUUCUGGAAGGGUUGAGAGUGCAUGUAACAACUGCUAAGCCAUCUCUCCAGCCCCCAAGAACUUUUAAACAAGAAACUUGUUUUAGAAAUAAUCAUCUUAAGAUUUACAUGUCCCAGGCCAGCCAGGGCUACACAAAGAAACCCUGUCUUGAAAAACCAAAAAGAAGAACAAAGAAAAAUGAAAAAGGUUUACAUGUCAUGGAGGGUUUGUGGGAGAAGUGUUGUUAGGAGGAGAUGGAGAUGUUUGCUCUUGAGAUUUGGGGGGGCAGUUAACACUUGGACCUGUGUUUUUCACCGAGCAGGGCACAAACAGCUAACAGACCACUAACCGGGGUAAGAGAUGUCGUCACACUCCUGAGGAAAUUCACCUGUGGUCUGACGCUUCCGAUCCUCAAAAUGAUAAACAAAUCCUAUUCACUUCACUGUAAUAAAAGGUUUCUCGGCUGUUUAAUAAGACAGUAACAGCCACUCAGACCAGUGUGAAGGACUGGAGAAAAGCUGGCUGAUAUGACAUGCGAUCAGGCCAGUUAAAGGGUUUGUGUGAGUUUGUUUUACUGGUUUUCAGUUUAUGCUCAGCACAGACUGACUUCUCUUUACUCAAGUUCAGCAUACUUGACAGCUCAUGGAAUCUACUUUAUUUCCACAUCUUAAAAAGCAGUGCAUUCUAGAAACAAUUGAAAUAAAAACAAUUCCUUGUUUUCCAACAUAUACCAAAUGACCACUUUUUGUAUGUAUGAAAUUAAUGACCCAGUUAUUGAAAGGGUGACAUCUUUCUUAACGAAGCCCUGGUUAGGACCCUGCAUGGCUCAGCAACUGGACUAACCAUAUUUAAAAAGACAAAUGAGAAAACUAAUAGAAAAUAAAAAUUUUAUUUUUAUUCAAGUUUA